UUCUUCUGUUAUCUUCAAUUCUUCAGCUGCAUUGCGCGCGAUACAGACAGAGCGAUGGUUUUCUCUGCUUCACUCUCUGGUACUGCUUCUGUUAAACUCUCACCUUCUCCUCAUAGUGAGCCGUCUUCUUCAUCUUCAUGGUCGAAAUCAACUCUUUUCAUGGGAGCCCCGAUUACCUUUUGUCCCACUCGAAGUGGUAAACAAUCGGAUGGACGAAGGACACUCGUCGUGUUCUCAAAGAGGAUUUCCGGUUUAGAAGAGGCAAUGAGAAUCAGGAGGCAACGAGAGCUUCAAAGUAAGGUCAAGUUUCGAAAAAGACCGCCUUUGAGGCGUGGAAGGGUGUCGCCCCGUCUUCCUGUGCCUGAUCAUAUUCCCAAGCCACCUUAUGUUGGUUCAGAUGUCUUACCAGAGCUUUCCAAAGAGCAUCAAUUUCAUGACUCUGAAGGUAUUGCUCGAAUGAGAGCUGCUUGUGAGCUUGCAGCUCGCGUCUUGGAAUUUGCAGGGAAAUUGGUUAGGCCAUCAGUGACAACGAAUGAGAUCGACAAAGCAGUACACCAGAUGAUCAUUGAGGCUGGUGCUUAUCCUUCUCCUCUUGGAUAUGGAGGAUUUCCCAAGAGUGUAUGCACAUCUGUUAAUGAGUGCAUGUGUCAUGGAAUACCUGAUUCGCGUCAGCUACAGGAUGGUGACAUAAUAAACAUUGAUGUGACAGUCUACUUAAAUGGAUAUCAUGGUGACACAUCAAAGACGUUUCUCUGCGGGAAUGUUAGUGAUGCUCUUGAGCGUCUUGUGAAGGUGACUGAAGAGUGCAUGGAGAAAGGAAUAGCUGUUUGCAAGGAUGGUGCCAGUUUCAAAAAAAUUGGAAAGAGGAUUAGUGAGCAUGCUGAAAAAUAUGGUUAUGGUGUGGUGGACCGUUUUGUUGGACAUGGUGUAGGGACCGUGUUUCAUUCUGAACCAAUAAUAUUGCAUCAUCGGAAUGAAAUGCCUGGUACAAUGGUUGAAGGUCAAACAUUUACAAUUGAGCCAAUUCUUACGAUGGGAGGUAUUAAGUGUGUAACGUGGCCUGACAACUGGACAACUUUGACAGCUGAUGGCAGCCCUGCUGCACAGUUUGAGCAUACCAUUUUAAUUACCAAAACUGGUGCAGAAAUUUUGACAAAAUGUUGAUUAAUAUUAGUCACUAUAUUUUGUUUUUGGCUCAAAAUCUUCUCCACGUUACACAAUUUUGGUAAAGGUGCAAAUUCAUUUCCAUUCA